AACCUGGUGGAGCCAUGCCUGAAGCACAGAUGUCCAUUUCGCCUGGGUCCAGUGGACAUGGAGAUGGUACGGUGACCAGUGCCUUACUUUGCUGGGCUAUGACUCUUGUGUUUCUUACAUUGACAAGGGUGCCUGUUGUCCAAGGUGAUUGUUGGCUUAUUGAGGGGGAAAAGGGAUUUGUGUGGUUGGCAAUCUGUAGCCAGAACCAGCCACCAUACGAAAAUAUCCCACUGCAUAUUAACAGCACCAUCGUUGACCUGCGACUCAAUGAGAACAAGAUUCGAACCAUUCACUUUUCUUCCCUGAGUCGCUUUGGCAAUCUUACUUACCUGAAUCUGACUAAGAAUGACAUCUCUUACAUAGAAGACGGGGCUUUCUCUGCCCAGUUCAAUCUUCAAGUGUUACAGAUUGGCUUUAACAAGCUAAGGAAUUUGACUGAGGGUAUGCUGAGAGGACUGGGACGCCUACAGUACCUUUAUCUUCAGGCUAACCUUAUAGAGACUGUAACAGCAAAUGCAUUCUGGGAGUGUCCUGCUAUAGAAAACAUUGACCUAUCUAUGAACAGGAUUCAGCAACUUGAUGGUGCUACAUUUCGUGGUCUGUCAAAGUUGACAACGUGUGAGCUCUAUGCAAACCCAUUCAGUUGCUCAUGUGAGCUACUGGGAUUCCUGCGCUGGCUUGUGGCAUUCCCAAACCGGACAAGUGAGCGAAUGGUGUGCGACACACCUGCUGGCUUUUCAGGCUAUAACCUCUUAAGCCAGAACCCCAGGAUGCCAAGAUUUCUGAAUGCUUUCCAUGCACUCUCCUCUGUCUGCACUGAUGACAACGUAACUCCAUAUUUUCAUGGAUCUUCAGAUGGGAGCACUCCCACAAUGUUGCCAGAUUUGAGCCCCUGUGGAUUGGAUGAUUGCUCUUCAGGGACAUUUCCAGAGGAGUCCAUAAGCAUCACCCCGAUAGUUUUAGAUCCAGAUGCCCGUCCGAUCAUGAAAAUAAAAGAAGUGACCCACACAAGUGCAAUAAUCAUGGUCCAGAUUCCAAAUCCAUUUCGCAAGAUGUACAUCCUUGUCCUUUACAAUAACAGCUUCUUCACGGACAUCCAAAACCUGAAGAGCCAGAGAGAAGAGAUUGAGUUGCAAAACCUCAAAUCACACACUAACUACACAUACUGUGUGGCAUCCAUACGUAACUCCUUGAGGUUCAACCACACCUGCCUGACCAUCUCCACUGGUCCAAGAACUUUGCAAGAACGUGUGGCAAAUGACUCAACUGCUACUCACUACAUUAUGACCAUACUUGGUAGUCUCUUUGGAAUGCUCAUUGUGUUAGGCAUGGUGUUCCAUUGUGUGAGAAAGCGCAAACAGCACGACGAACCAAAAAGCAAGAAGCUUGAAAAGAUGAAAAGAAAUUUGAUUGAGAUGAAAUAUGGCACUGAACUGGAACAAGGGACCAUAUCACAGUUGUCACAGAAACAAAUUCUGUCCACUGGUGAUACGGUACAAAGAAUGCCAUACUUGCCAACUGCCAGUGACAAGGACCAGUAUAAACUGCAAGAGAUCUCUGGCACUCCUAAGACAACAAAAGGGAAUUAUAUGGAAGUAAGAUCAGAGCAACCAGACCGCAGCAUUAGGGAAUGUAGUGUUCCUGCAUCGGAAACCAGCCAAGGAUCUGUUGCAGAGAUAUCCACCAUUGCAAAAGAAGUGGAUAAAGUAAAUCAGAUCAUCAACAACUGCAUCGAUGCCCUCAAAUCCGAUUCAACCUCAUUCCAGGCUGCAAAAUCUUGUGUGGUGUCCACAGCAGAGCCACAGUUAGUCCUUAUAUCAGAGCAUCCACCAGGAAAGUCUGGUUUCCUGUCUCCAGUAUACAAAGGAGGGUACCAUCAUCCCUUGCAGAGGCACCACAGUAUGGAUGCUCCACCAAAGCGCCCAAGCACGUCGUCAAGUGGUUCGUUGCGCAGUCCUCGCUCUUUUCGUUCCGAAGGAGCCUACAGAACAGAAUCCAAGUAUACUGAGAAGACAUCUCCUUUAGAUGAGUCAGGAAUCAUAACAGUCACUCCAGCUGCUGCAAUCCUUAGGGCGGAGGCGGAACGGAUCCGACAGUAUAGCGAGCACAGGCACUCCUACCCUGGUCCCCACCAUAUAGAGGAGUCAAUAGAGGUAUCAGGGAGCCGGAAGUCAUCCAUUCUGGAGCCACUAACGCGCUCAAGACCACGUGAGCUGUCCUAUUCGCAUCUCUCACCACAGUACCAUAACCUGAGUGGCUAUUCCAGCCCUGAGUACAGCUGCAGGCCAUCUCUUAACCUGUGGGAACGUUUUAAACUCCACCGUAAACGCCACAGGGAUGAGGAAGAGUAUAUUGCUGCAGGUCAUGCAUUGAGGAGGAAAGUACAGUUUGCUAAAGAUGAGGACCUACAUGACAUUCUGGACUACUGGAAGGGAGUCUCUGCUCAGCAGAAAUCAUGAUUGCUGUUUUUAUAGCUCAUCCAAUUAAAGUGACUGUUCAAAGGACAAUUUACCACAGAAGCACACCUCUAAUGGAUUUUAAACUAAUGACUUUUGGAGAAAAAGCUUGUGUUAAUGUUUUCUUCACUCUUUUUUGUAAAGUUUACAUUUUCAAAAUAUUACACUAUGAAUGUUUCAAGUCCUUAAGACUAAAACCUGCAAUGUGUGAUUACAUACAAACACACACAAUUGCACUGGUGGAAAUGUUUUUUUGUUUUUUUAUUAUUUUAUUUAAUUAAUCUCUAAGCAGUGCUACUGGGGAAAAAAAAAUUGAACCCACAAGGUCUGUCUGUCAAAACAUCAUGUACACUGAUCAUGCAUACUGGAGAAUGAAUGUACUGUGUGUUAAAUCUGUUUUUCUCCAAUAUCUUUCUUAGAAACCUUCAAGCUUAAGGCUUAUUUCAACUUAACAAUUCUUGUUCGCAAGACCUUCAGAAAUAUCUCCAUGUGCUGUCUCAGUAUAUCAAAGCUAUUGCUACCACAUGCUUACUACUAAACCACUGUGAACCCCAGACAACACUGAAUCAGUCCUAAAGUUUGUUUUCUACCUAAAUUCAACAGAGCUGUCUUCUGCCGUUAAACCAGCUCUGAAGUGCUGAUCUAGGCAGUACUAAUAGCAUAAUCUUUCCUCACCGCCGUUAAUGCUAAUAGACAAUUAAGAUAGCGAUGAUUAAAACAUUGGAUUUGGCCUCUAACAUUGGGAGAGAACAGUAUCAUUUAAGACCUGUACUGUGAAACAAGUUAUUACAAUACCCUGCUUCAUGGAGGGGUUUUGGUUUGAAAGGCAAGGAUAUAAAAGGAUAUAUUAAGUGCAUGUUAAAUGCCUGACAUGGAUUAGACCUAGAGCGCACAUUUUUGGUAAACAUAUAUAGUCUCAUGAAAACUUGUACUAAUUCAUACGAUAAGGUGAAAUUGUGAGAUAUGGUACGACUUAACUUGUACAAAAAGGUAUGACUUUUCUUUCCACAGACCAACAAACAGAAUUUGAACUUGAUACAAGCAUCAAAUUUUAGCUAGCCACCUAUCCAACACUUUUUGUUUUUACUAUUAAAAUCAUGGUUAGGUUUAGGGUUUCGGUAAAGGGGUUAGUUAAGUUUAGAUUUGAGUUAGAGGUCCGUUCAUUGGUUUGUUUAUUUUUCUCCAUGGGAGCAAAAGUCAUACAUUUUUGUACAAGCCAACUCUUACAAUUGGAAUAAGCGACUUUGUGACAUGGUAUAUUUACAACUGCCAGCAUUCAUCACCAAUUUUAUGUAGGGAAUUUAUAUAAUGGUUAGCUUAUGCCUGUGUCAUUUUCCAACCACUAAUUGAUUUGGGGAAUAUUAAAAGAAUUAGUGUUUACAUCUGAUCACAGUCUUCGGCCAGCAAUGAGUUGAUCGGCACAUAAGAUUAAUUCUUACAGUAAUACUACUUUCUUUUUUAUGGAGUCUACAGACCAUGCCUUGAGAACCAAAAUUACUUAAUUUAGUAUGCCUCGAUUUAGAUUGGGUUACCCAGUUAUCUAAUAAAACACCAGCACUUUCAGCUAAAAAAACUCCCCGUCACAUGUGUGGAAGAAGAAUGAAGAACAGUGAGCGUUCUUCCUGGGUGGGGAGGUUUUGUUGAGCUGAAGUUGGCUGCACCCCAAAGGUGUCUUGAGCCAGUCAGAAGUGUCUUUUUCUAGGUCACAUGGUCAUUUCUGUCCUCCCCUCAAGAUAAUUAAUUUACAACCUAUUGUUAUAAGGAUUGUUAGUUUCCCGCUCAAAAAGUGACCAUUUUAAUCAUGAAUUUCAUAAGAGAACUAUAAAGGCAAAUAACCCAAAAUUAUUUCUUAUUACAGUUAUAAUUCAGUUAUAAUGCAUGAUUAAACUUCCUAAUAUUUAGUUUGUUAGUUUUAAACAUGGAUAAUACAUUACAUGUUAUGAGAAACAUAAUUGUCUGGGUUAUCAUCUGCAUAGGAUGCAUUUGUACAUUUUUGUUUUUAAGUAUAAUCCUACACAUGGCUGUGUAUUUUGAUAGUAGUAAAAUAAGCAAGUCCAAAGUCCAUGUCACAUAUUCAUGAAUUAAGCUUAAUUUGAGCUGGUGAGCCGGAAACAUGCAACAAGUUUAGAGAGUUGGUUAUAUUGAAGAACAAUGGAGGUUUCCAUGGCGGUCAUAGAACAGUCCCUCAACUUAUCAGUCAUGUGAUGAGUUGGGGGUUUAUCUGAUUAACAUCAAAGAGCAAGGAGUUUCACUGUGCUUCCCCCACAGUUAAGAUUUGCCAGAAGCGACAAACUCAGUCUUGCUGGCACCAGUCAGAAUUUCUUUAUAGCUCAGAGGAAUGCCAGUGUAGAUUCUGGAUUUAAGCUGUUCUGCAUGGAAUUGUUCAAUUUCUCUUAGUUUUUUUUUUUUUUUUGUGUGUGUGUGUGUGUCGAUGCACUACAGCCAUCUUGACCUAAUUUGUCAUGAGACUGGGUUGGUUUUGGUUUUAAUGGACUACUUGUACUAAGCCUCAUCACAUACUUCCGUUUUGAAAUAAAGCGGCUCUCUAGUUUCCGGUUAUAUGUGUUUACUAUAUGCCGUAGUUGCCUAGAUCCCAAAACUCCACUUAAAAUGAGUGUUCAAAAGAUUUUAAAGUACAGACAUUUUUGGAGACAGGAGCAGAAAUAUUCUGAACAUUACUGUGUACAGCAUCUUCAAAAUUCAGCCCAAGCCAAUCUGAGAAAACAAUGACUGGUAAACACUCCAAGCGCAUUUCACCAUUUCUCCUCACAUGGAGGUCUGUAGCAGAUAUUUAAACACAGAUCAACUUGAACAGCAAAUGACAGAAGGUUGAAGGAGACUAGUAAAGGGUGUCAGCACCAGCACUCUUUGAAUGAAACAACUACAAGCUUCAAACACUGCAAUGCUCCAUGUGUGAUGGAGUACAGAGACCUGAAGAAAGCAUGCAUUACCUUGCUUUAUUAAAUGUAUGUUUUAAUCUCUUUUUUGUCAUUGUUUCAUUGAGAAGUAUAUGAUAUUUGUUGAAAUGUAAAUGCAUAAGUAGAAGAGCUGCCAAAGAUAAUGAGUUAUAAAGUUUGAAAAUGAUUAAAUAUGUGUAGUGUCCUUAAAUAUACUUUAGCGGAGUUAUUGUAUUUAUUCAAUUUGACAUUAAAGCUGCAUAAUUCUGUACUGAGUGACUUUUAAAACCUGGUCAAAAAAAGAGAACGGCUAAUGUAUUUAUAAAUCAAUUCAUCUGGGACAUUUAACCAAAGUUUAAUCGUUCUUAUGAAUUUUCAAUCACUCACGUUAACGCCGAAAACAAGAUUUAUUGUUUUAAUCAACUGACAGCCUAGAAAUAAUCUGCCUUCCCAUGAAUAAACCUCUGCAUGUAUGUGCGCUGAAUGCUGUAACCGGAAACGCCUAAGCCACACUACGUAGAACACGGAAGUAGUUGUGCAAGUAGUCCAUUGUCAUAUUCAGUUUCCCAAAACAUGGAAGGAUUGUUUGUAAUGAUUUACACAAGUGUAUAUACAGAGGUAAUAUGUUUAAAUUUAGCAAUGUAGUUUAUCCAGACAGUUCUAGCAAUGAAAGUGCAGUUUUUGUUGUCAUACUGAUUGUUAAACUGAUGUAUUUUAAUAUUUCUGUACUGCAGCUCUGGUCCUAAACAUGGGCUUAUUUUGGUUCCUCAUCAUCAUCAUCUCUCCCCCAAAACAUGUUUCUGUUGUUUUAGAAUUAAAGGUGAAGUGUGUAAUUUUUUUCCAUGUUAAAAUACCUUUACCAGCACAGCAACACUAGCUCAAACAAUGGCAUAAGUUUGGGGCGGGCCAUCCGUUUCUCCGACCAAUAGCAGAUUGUUUGUUUUUUUGAAUGCCAGUGUAGAAAUUGCACAUUUCAUCUUUAAGUCUAAAUAUUUAGCCACUGCAGCAAUUUGAUCAUUCCUGGGAGCGUUUACUUAAUGGAGGUUUCCAGGAAAGGACUAAUGCAUGAUAAUACGGACAAUAUAAUAAUUUAAUCCAAAUGUUUGUUUUAUGAAUAGAAUCAAGAUCUUAUUUAAAAAAAACAGGAGCUUUUCUAGAUAAUUUUUCUUAAUAAACCUGUACAUAAAGAUAGCAGAUUUUAAAUAUUAUUAUACUAAAAUAUUUGAAAAACAUGUCCCCUGUACAAAUCUUUAUUUUUUUAAGGUUAAACUUUCAUGCACUGUAUCUCAUUAAUGAGUCUGUUCAGUUAAUUGUCAUUUCUAAAAACUGCAAGUUGUAGCACUCCUGAUUUUCCAUGGAAACCGAAAGUAAAAAAAUAAAUUUAAAAAAAUGGUGAAUGUAUAGAAGCCUAAAAACAGCUGCAUGUAGUGCAAAGUCUGCCUGUAAAAGGGAAAGAAUGGAUCUCAAAGGGCUUUCUUGUCUGGGGGGAAAUGUCAAAGAGCACAA